GAAUUCCCAUCUAGGGGCCGCUGUGUGGUGGGAGGAGCGGAAGUUGAGGAAGUCGUGUAUUAGAUCGGGGGAUGAAGAGCCCGUGUUUGUUCUAACUGUGCGCCGCUCAAGAGUUCAGGAAGCGUCUAUAAAACCAUCCUGAUACAAAACACACACAGUCACCCGCGCGCACUUAUCAGGACUGUGACGCGCGCGCGGCUGGAUCAGGACACUUUUGCAUUAUGCAUUCGGACUGCAGGCUGCUGGGAUGGACGCGUCGGUAAUGGUGGGCAGAGGGACCGGAGGGGCUGCGGUCUUCAUCCUGAUCGUCUUCAUCGUACUCCUCGGUGCCAGAAGCUCGCGGGCGCAGAAGGGGGACGGCUGUGGACACACAGUGUUGGGUGUGGGCAGUGGGAGCCUGGCGUCAUUGGGGUACCCUCAGUCCUAUCCCUCACACUCUGUGUGUGAGUGGGAAAUAAGCGUGACCGCCGGAUACACAGUCCUUGUGCGCAUUGCGGAUCUUGAUAUCGAUACAAACAACUGCCAGGUGUCUUACCUGCGACUUUAUAAUGGCAUCGGACCAGGACGAACAGAAAUUGUGAAGUUUUGUGGAGGGAGAGAAUGGAGAGACGCUGUUAUAAAGUCAAAAGGGCAUCAGGUCACCGUGCAGUUCAUGAGUGGACCACAGAACAACGGCCAUGGCCUCUUCCUCUCAUACACCAGUAGUCAGCACACAGACCUCAUCACCUGUCUGGAGAAAGGAGAGCACUUCAGUGAAGCGGAGUUCAGUAAAUUCUGUCCUGCUGGAUGCCUGACUGAUUUUGGAGAGGUUUCGGGAACCAUACCACACGGAUACAGAGAUUCUUCUCCACUCUGUCUGGCCGGUAUUCAUGCGGGUGUGGUCUCCAACACUCUGGGGGGGCAAAUCAGUGUGGUCAGCAGCAAAGGCAUCCCACACUACGAAAGCUCACUGGCUAACAAUGUGACAUCUGUGCCUGGAAAUCUAUCCCCCAGCCUUUUUACUUUCACGACUAGCGGUUGCUAUGGCACUUUGGGUUUGGAGUCGGGGGUGGUCAGCGACUCUCAGAUCACAGCCUCGUCGGAGUGGGAAUGGGGCGGUCACGGAAAGGAGCCCACUGUCUGGGGCCCCACAGGGGCCCGCCUCAAAACACUGGGACGUCCGUGGGCAGCAGCCAACAGUGACACAAAAGAAUGGAUUCAAGUGGACCUGAAGAAAGAGAAAAGAAUAACAGGUAUUAUGACCACUGGCUCCACCCUCCCAGAAUAUCAGUUUUACGUUUCGUCCUAUGAGGUGUUAUAUAGCCAUGAUGGACAGCAGUGGAAACCCUAUCAGGAAGUGGGAUCAGAUAAAAACAAGAUUUUCCAAGGCAACACCAACUAUUUCCAGGAAGUGCGGAACAACUUUAUUCCUCCAAUUGAAGCACGGUUUAUCAGAAUAUGCCCCUUCCAGUGGCACCAGAGGAUUGCCCUUAAAAUGGAGCUGCUGGGCUGCCAACCGCAUGCAGCGAGGCCAAGAACCUUCCAUCCAGCCCCUCCUCCUCCUCGCAGAAAAAGCACAGUGCCCCCCCUGCAGGAGAGGACGACACACACGCCCAACAUCCGAAACACCACCAUGCCUCCACACUCUCAUGAUGAGGUGGCGCUGGUGGCAGUGUUGGUCCCUGUGUUAGUGGUGGUUCUGACAACCCCAGUGUUAGUGAUGGUGUGUUCGUGGCUAUGGAAGAACAGAAAAAGCCCCGAGGUGACUUAUGACCUUCCACACUGGGAACGCACAGUGUGGUGGAAGAGUAUGAAACAGUUGUUGCCCUCUAAGCUGGAUGGAGACGACUGUGUUCGUUACAGUUCCACGGCACGAGUGGACCACCAGAGACCUCGAGUGGAGCCUGCAGAAUAUGCCCAACCGCUUGUCACCGGUACCAUGGCCUCUCUCGGACAAAGGUCAACGUUUAAACCUGAAGAGGCUGAUGCCCCUGAGUAUGAUGCACCCAUUCCCCCGGAACACUACCAUGCUUACGCUGAGCCCCUUCCUGCUUCUGGCACUGAAUACGCCACGCCAAUCAUGAUUGACAGGGCUAACCACCUAUCAGGAGGCACUCUACCAUUCAGGGGCCGUGGUUUAGUGGCUCGGACAGACAGCAGCCAAUCAGCAAGCUCAGCCUAUGACACACCCAAGAGCACAUCUGACCAAGCCACACCCACUGAGGGAGAGUUGUACCAAGUACCACAGAAUACCCACAAUGCACCAUGUCAGAAAAUAGACUGACCAAUCACAGAAGAGUGGACCCUUUUGGAAACCCUCGGCUGAACACUACCUUUCCUAAAAAUCUGCAGAUCAGAUCAGAAUGUGCGCAAACGUGCCGCUCCUAGCCAUCUCAAAUUGUACGCCGCGCAAGUCCUAUCACUGAAAUAACACAAAGGAAUGUCAGGAGAGAGAGAACAGCAGAGAUCUCGUUACACUACUGUGUUUGGUGGGUGUUUUGUUUGUUCAUGCGUCUAAAUGUGUGUGUACGAAUGCAUAUAUGUGACUAUGCUCUGCUAUCAAACUGUGAGUCUUUAGAUAUCUGUGCGUUUUUCUGAGAGCGGAGAUGUAUUCAUCUCGGUCGCUCAUUGUAAGGCACAUGUUUCCCCCUUAGGCAAAGAUAUUUUCAACAAAACCACCCUCAUGCACAAUAACAAAUGAUCGAAUUUCAGAUUAAUAGACAAACACUCUCAUAAUAACACUGUGAUUCACUGUCAUUUUGCACUGUUGUAUUGUAUUCUGCUGUUACAUAGGUGCCUUCUUUGUGACAUAGCAACACACGUCUGUGCUGGUUUCUCUACUUCUGUUCCAAAACCUAGUGAGUUAACUUGCUUUUGUACUGCUUUAAUAGUCAGCUUCCUUAAUACUGCAGUAUACCAACCUAUAGGGGUGUAAAUUAGACGUUUCAUCAUGAUUCAGACUGACAUCGAUUCUCUUAGCUAGCGUUAUGAUAUUUACAGAUACCUCAAAACAUGCUGCGAUACAUUUACAAUUUGAUUAGAUCAAGGGGCUUGCGACCGAUUUUGAUAUUAUAUGCCCAUUUUAGACAUUUUAUUAACUUCCUAAAGCAACCAAAGUAUAACAUGAACAUUUUAACUCCAAAAUAAAUCAUGAAAAUCAUCAGUUGCAAAUGCAAUGAGAUAACCAUUGACAUCAGUCAAGAACCUAUUUAGAAUCACAUAUUGUUUUCAUUUGUAAUGCAAUUCCUAGCAACAAGGCAACUGUUUCUGCUUUCUGAGUUUGUUCUGUUCAGAAUGACUGUUUACAAAGUCAAUACGUUUAUGAUGCCUUGACUUUUGAAACCUUUUCAGAUUAGAAAAGAGUGUAGUGUAUUCCAGCUUUUAGAUGUCGUGCUUUAGAUAGGAAGCAACUCCCUGCUCACAAUUAAUAGUUUGAUGUUAGCAUGUUGCUAAGCUAACACCUCAGUACUCUAAUAAUUGCAAAAAAUACUUUGUCCACACAAAUAUUGGUCAAAAUAGUCAGUUUUUCUUAUAUUUAACUAGUUUUUACUAAUAAAUUUUAGUAUUGAAUGAUAUAUGUGGUUAUUUAAAAUCAUCAGAACAUUUGUAUCCACUCGUCCGCCAUUUUGGAUUCAUUUUUUCAUUUGUCAUUGCAGUAAGCCUACCUUUUGGAGAAAAAAACAUGACUGUGAUGCCUUAAGACUCUGUCUUGGUAGGCAGCUUACAAGGUUUUGGAACAGAUUUUGUUGUAGAUUUUGCAUCAUUUAGUUAAAUCUGAAGUAAUUAAAAGUAGGACAGAUUGACAGACAUUUAUUCAGCACAGGAACUAGCAAGGCCUGUAUUCAAAAAGAAAAAAAAAAAUGGUACAGCAAUGGUGCUGGUGCUGCAUUUUCAAAUUCCAUGGAAAAGUCCUCUGUGCACGACUGCGCAUACACAUUUUUGCCAAAUAUAUCUUUAGUCAUGCACAUGAAAACUUGUGCCAUGCAAAGAUCCAUUUUUUCCUGCUGAUGUUUCCUGCUUGUAUUAAUACUCCCAAACCACUAACAGGUCACGUUUAAGCUACCGAGCAUGCACUGCUUCCAUGGUUACACUGUCCUAAUGGAUACUUUAUGAAAGUUGACCCUAUAGUGGUCAAAGGUUAAAAAGCAAAAUACAGGAUGCCAACAGUCUUGCCUUUAAUAGGAUUCAUUCUGUGCCAAGUUGUCUUUAUAUCUUGUUUUUUUUGUUUGUUUUUUUUUUUUUUGGAUUAUUGACUUGAAGACCAAACAACCUGAUGGAUAAUUAGUCCAAAAAUAUCCAUUUGAUUUAAUGUUAUCAGACCAAACGUUGCCUCACGCUAUGGAUUUUGGAUACCAGGAUGUUGCAUGUUCAAAGUCAGAUUUGUACACUGUUACAUUUGUCAUUUACUACAAUAUCUGACAAGUCAUAUUUCGGUACUUGCGUUAGUUUACUGGCUUAAAGCAAUGAAAUGUCCACAGUGGUGGCACUAUGGACAUGUAUGUGUGUUUCAAUGUCUUUGUGAGUUUAAAAGUAUACCAGAUUCAGUCGUGUUUGUGCAUGUCUGCUUAUAGUUUUUGAAAUCUUAUCAGAGUUGUAUGUAAUGUGUUUCUGUGCACUGUAUCCACAAGCCUGUGUGUGUUCAUGUGUGUCUGCCGUUCACUGUACAUCUGUCUCUAAAUUAUGAUUGGUACUGUAGAUUGAUUGUAUAGGAAAAACAAUUUUAAAAUUUUAAAUUGAAGUUUUAUUAAAAAAUAAAAUGUAAUUACAAGAAA